AUGGCGAAGCGACCGCGCGCGGAGCGCCGCCGCAUGCAGCAGGAGGAUGACAGCGGCGACGAGUUCUCUGACGUCGAUGAGGAGCUGGAAGCGUCAGACGUGGACGACGAGGCGUUGUCGUCGGACGAUGACGACGCGGGCGAGUACGCCGCCGCGCUCGCCGAGCUCGGCGCGGCGCGGCGCAAGGCCGGUGUGGACGGCGGCGACGACGACGACGACGACGAAGACGUCAAUGAAGACGCGUCGGACUCGGACGAUGAGGCCUUCGAGGCCGUCGUGGAGCGGACCACAAAGAAGGGCGCGACCGUCUACCAGGUGACCUUGUGCCCGGAAACGGCACCAUUUACUACGCGCACGGCGGCCGACGAGUUCAUGCGCGGGAAGGCCUACCAAAAGGCCGUCAAAAGAGAACUCCGCGCGAUCAAGGCGGCGCGCAAGGGCCUCCGCGAGGCCGAGUUGACGGACGCGCAGAAGGCGCGGCGCGACGCCAAGGCCGCGCGCGCGAAGGAGCGCCGGCGCGCCCAGGCCAAGGCCCGCAAAAAGGCCAAGCCCCUGUCGGACGCGCAGAUCGCGGCGCGCAAGGAGAAGUUCCAGCGCAAGAAGAAGCGACGGGAAGAACGGCGCGCCGCCGCCGCUUCUGCGUAA